AUGACGAACGAAAAGUCGUCACUGUCUCCAAAGCUCCUAGCAGCACGAGCUAAGCAUCACUCCAAACGAAGAGAAAGUCUUCAGAAGCUUGAAAUAUCCAAGACUGCGUUGGAACGUCGUGGCAGUGGAGGUGAUCGAACGGUGGACAGCACCGUUUCCUCAAGUAGUAUGAUGUCAGAAUCGUCAUCGUCUCUUUGUGGGACAAAAAUCCCACUACAUGAACUAGUAGAAGAACUGCCAGUUACAGAAGAGGCGGUACCUGUGGAAGAUUCCCAACAAAGCAAGAAGGAGAGGUCAAGCUUAGAAUAUAGUCUGUCAAGGUUCGAGAUGAUGCAGGUCUCUAAUCCGUCACAAGAAUUAUUGACUACAGACCAAUCCGAAGAGCCAACAAAAGUUGUUGGCCAAUUUAGUGACCCUCCCGUGUCCCCAAGGCUUAACCAGAUCCGAAAGAAGCAUCGGAAGCUUCGAAAAGAGAGCAUCUACAAGUUGGAAGCGUCCAAAAGCGCAAUGGAACGUUUGAGUAGCGAUUGUGGAGAUGAUGAUGAAACCGGCAAUAGCAGUGUUUCUCCCUCCAGCAGCUCUGCCCUGCAGGUGCCACAGCACGAACAACUGGCACUCAUGGGAGAGAACGAAGACCUGAAAGAGCAAGUGGCUGCCCUUAAAAUUAGCCAAUCCGUAUUUCGCAGGGAAAGUGGGAUAGUUUCUUUGAAUACUACUUCCAGCAGCUCUGCCACAACCCCUCGAAAGCAGGACACACUGGCACUGUUUGAAGAAAACGAAGACUUGAAGGAACAAGUAUCAGUUCUGUUGAUAAGCCAAGCCGUUGCGCGGAAGGAAUACCAAAAGAAGAUCGAAACCAUUCGAAACCUCCAUGUGGGCUUUCAGUAUGUUGCCAGCAAGGAGAUGCAACGGAUACAGCAACAAUUGCAAGAAAUUGUUCUUCGUUGUGAAAAGCUGCAAACAUCUGUUGGAAAAGGUAAACAACAACACGAUGAGCAGCAAAAGGAAUUGGAAGGACUCCAAGAGCAACUUUCCAAGGUGCAAAAGCAACUCGAGAAUGCCAUGACCAAUUUCGAGGAGCAGCAGGAACAUCAAGAUUGGUUGGUGGAAUGGAGUCGUACCACUGGACAAGAAGCUAAGCACACUUUGAAAAUGCUGGGUGCCUUGGAAAUUGCCGAUCCAGAAUCCCAAACACGUUUGCAAAACUUGAGGGGUUGGUUGGACCGAUGGUCACAGGUGGCUCAAACGAUUGAAGAUCUCAACAAAAAUAAGAACAGCAAUGCCAAUGACAACAGCAGCACUCAGAAGCAGCGAAAGGACAACAGUGCUAAAACAGUCACACCGCCCAGGUUAUCCAAGAUACAGUUGUCCAGAUCAUUGGGUCCGAGUGAAUUGGAGGUAUUAAAGGCAGAGACAGCACAAGUCAUCGACACCUUGCGAACCUUAAGAGCGCAACUUGAUGAAACAGAGGACGAUGACGAGAUUCAGUUUCUUGAAGAACAGAUUGAAGAACAAUUGGAAUUUUGGGACGUCUUGGAACGUCACAUGGACGAACUUACAUCGAUGAAGGGUGAAGAACAGGAGACCAAGGCUCCGCGGAAGGGUCCCAAAUCAAUUUCAAACGAAGCAGGUAUGGCUCAAUCAGCUGAGACGUUACAGAGGCUGCUCGUGGAAAUGCAAACCAUGAUUUCCAAUCAUAUUGCUACGGUGCAUGGUGAGGCCGAGGGAAAAUCAAGCUUAUCAGUUUCUUCUUCCUUCGUGUGCGGCAGCAAACUGAUCCGCAUUUCAUCCAAUUCGCCCUGGACGCCAGCAUCCGCCCUGACAUUGUUGCUGGCAAUUGAACAGCAGCAAGUGUUGAUGGAAGUAAUCCAAGAUCAGACCUCACAAAUCCAGCAACUUCAAAAACAAGAGGAACAAGUAAAAGUACAACUGGAAUUGGCCCAAUCGACAAUGUCCAAUAUUGAAACCAAGCGGCAAGGCGUGCCUUACGAUGACGAUGGACUGGAAGGAGUCGAUGAGGACCGCCAAGGGAUUUCCACGAUGGUGUCAAUUUUGGAAAAGCAAGUGCAGCAAUUGCAGAAUGAGAAUGCUACGUUGCUGUCAACGAUUCAAGAACAGAAUGACCGGCAUGAUCAAGCAUUGGGACAGAAGCCAAAUGAAGUCAAUGUAGCACAUGCACUGUCGCCAUCUACAACACAAAAUGAGGUCUCGCCUCAACUGUCACAAUCAAGUUUUCACCAAAGUAGCAAGAAGACAACUGCAGCCGAACGAAACAAGCUGGCCUACGACACGGCCCAAGCUUACUUUUCUCGCAAACAAAGACAAUCGCAAGUAUUAGAAGAGUCACCGGAAGAGUUCAAGUUGUCUGUGCGUCAGAUGGAUUUAUCAAUCCGUCAGGUUUCAUCUCCCUCUAAGCGUUUCUCGUCGACAUCAGUUUUCGAUGAAGCAGAGAUUCAAAGUAACAGGAGACAAUCACGACUUCUUUCUCGCCACAUCAUUGGGAACAGUGAAUCACGAAAGCCACUGAUAUUUGUGAAUGAGGGACAAAUAGAAAAAGCACAACAAGAACAGCAAGUGGCGUUGCAGACGAAGCUGAAAAGUUUCCUGGGCAUCAAUUGGUGA